UUGGGAGAGGGACGAACUCUCGCACUCGUUCAUCCAUUCAUCGCCAGGUACACGACGCUGGCAAAAGACGAAGUGCACAGAGAACGGAAUCCAGGCAAGCGAAAUUGAGCAUUGUGUCGCGGCAGAUUUCAUAGCGGCGAGGGAGGAAUCGAGGUUUGGGACUUGAGGAUUGAGUGAGGACGUUGAAGUCGGUGGGUUAUGCUCGUGAAAUCGAGCUGCUGUUGAAAGGAAGAGGAAGAAAUGGCGCUCGUGGAGGCCAUUUCCUGUGCGGCUUUUCCAGUGAGUUCCGCGAGGAUGGCGGCUGUGGCGAUGGCCGCGCCUCAGUGCCAUGCGUGCGUGGGAGUAGAAUGUAGGGAAAUCAGGAGUAGAAGUCAGUUGAUGGGUGUGGCUCUUGAAACGGGAAAGUCGAGUGUGGCCUUCGGCAGAGCGAGGGAUGACUCCACCCGCAGAGGGAUGUCUGUGAUUUCCAGGGUGGGUGGUCCGGGUGGAGCUGGACCUCCCAGACCCCGUAUUACGAUGCCUGGUCGUCGAGGUCCCGCACAGCAACAGGAGCCUUCCAACAAUGAUGGACCACUUAUGAAUCAAGACAUUCGAGUGCCACAAGUCAGGCUUUUGGACGAGGAGUCAAACAUGUUGGGAGUUGUGGCGACGGGAGAAGCUCUGCAACGAGCCCGAGACGCCGACCUUGACCUUGUUAUGAUUUCUCCUGAUGCCGAUCCCCCAGUGGUGAGAAUUAUGGAUUACAGUAAGUAUAGGUAUGAACAACAAAAGAAGAAGAGAGAAGCUCAGAAGAAGGCUGCCGCUAGUCGACAGGAGCUUAAAGAGCUGAAAAUGAGGUACAAUAUUGAUACUCAUGACUACCUUGUCCGCUUAAGGGCAGCUCAACGAUUUUUAAAAGAUGGAGACAAGGUUAAGGUUGUUUGUCAGUUUAAGGGACGAGAAUUGGACUUCAAGGAUCUUGCUGUAAAGUUAUUCGAAAAGUUUCAGGAAGACGUAGGCGAGGCUGCCAUCGUGGAGCAGAAGAUAACAUUUGAAGGCAAAACCAUGAUCAUGGUGUUGACUCCAAACAAGGCUAUGGUACAGAAAGAGAAAGCUGCUGCCCAAGCCCAGUCUGCUGCUGCUGCAUCAAAGGCCAAGACACCACCACAAGGAGGGGAUAAAGCUGAAGCUCUGACAUCGGUAGAAAUAGAAGCUUAAAUUAUUCUUAUACCCUGCAGGAUACGUAGACCAUUGUUGUAGAGUACAGAAAUUUACGUCUCAGCGGGUUCGUUCAGAAUCUGUCUAAUUGUUCAUUACCUACCUUGUAAAUGUAGUACGAGAGUAGUUUUGGUGCGGAGGUCCUAAUCCCUCCGACAAAUUGUUGAGUCCAAUACUACUUGUCAAGCCUGUGGAAAGGGCUUUGAUGGUCAGCCCUACUUUUGCGUGGUUUCCCAUACACAGUUACCAAUGUUCCAUUGCAUUUACCACAUCUCCUCCCAAUAUUUGUUCGAGCAGUUGCAUGAAACAGUAUAUGUGUAAACUUUUGGCGGCCUGGUGGGUUCUCCUAUUUUGUGUUAGGAAGACAACGCAUUGAUGUACCUUUCAACGCCUUUAUGUACGUUCAUCCAAUGUCUUAUGCCCACAACCAUCAAACAUGCCUGGUUCA